GCUGGCGCAGGUGAGAUGGAGCCGCUACAACCCCAGUUACAUGGAGCCAGAAGUGAACAAGGAGUUGUACCGGAAACCUUCAGAGGAGCUGACUGAGGAGGAGAAGGAGAAACAGGAGCUUAAGGCUGUUCGUCCCAUUAAAGCUGCACCCCCCAGUCUGUCCAGCUCCGUGUUCAGCGACCCCAUGAUCAGUAAAUUCACCAACAUGAUGAUGAAGGAUGGAAAUAAAGUGCUGGCCAGAAGCCUCAUGGCUCAGACUCUAGAGACCAUUAAGAGGAAGCAGCUGGAGAAGUACCACAAAGCUCCAGAAGAUGAGAAGGAGACAAUUGAAUGCAACCCUUAUGUCAUUUUCCACCAGGCUCUGAAAAACUGCCAGCCCAUCAUUGGGCUCAGCAGCAUCACAAGAGGAGGCAAAACCUACCAGGUCCCAGUCCCUCUGAAGGACAAUCGGAAGCGCUUCCUGGCCAUGAAGUGGUUGAUCACCGAGUGCAGGGAGAACAAGCACCGCCGGACCCUGAUGCCAGAGAAGCUCUCCCAGGAGCUGCUCCAGGCCUACAACAACGAGGGGCCCAUCAUCAAGAAGAAGCACGUGCUGCACAAGAUGGCAGAGGCCAACCGGGCUUAUGCCCACUACCGCUGGUGGUAGGGACUCUACAUGAUGGGACACGGUGGCACCAGCCCCAGCGCUGCCUGCCUGGGAGAAGCUGGGGAGAUAGAAGGGGGAAAGGGGGAAGAUCACUUCCAGACAGCGCCUGAACUAA